AUGAUCGUCGAAGUGCUCUACUUCGUCUGGAUCCUGCUCAUGUUUACGCUGCACUUGUCCACACCCGUGGGCAAGGUCCGCUUCGUGACGAUCAACUCGCCCUCGCCCUUUGUCAACCUCCACCUGGGAGCGUGGGGCUGGUGCAACCAGGUCCUUGGGGUCUGCCACGGCCCCGAGGUCGGAUACAACUUCACGACGUCGCUGGCGAAGCAGCUCCGCUUUAAAGAGCUGCCGGGCGACUUUUCGGCCGAUACACGCGUUCACGGCAUGUUGCCUGCCGUGCUUGCCUGGGGACUCGUCACGCUCGUCCUCUCCCUCCUCGCGAUCAAGUACGCGACAGACGCGCUGCAAGUCUUUGCAAUCUACGGGACUGGUCUCCUCGCGGUGCUCUGCACGAUCUACGCGGCAAUCGUGUGGAAGUGGGCGCGCGACCUGAACUCGACUCUCAAGGCACACACGAGGGCGAGCGCGCACUAUUCGCACGGAUACUGGCUCCUCAUCCCCAUCUUUGUGAUUCCGUACCUCCUCACGAUUGCGGAAUGGUUCAGGGCCAGGGAGUGGGAGGAGAUGCCCUUCCUGCAGAUUGGGGAUGUUUACGUGCCCUCCACUGCGGCGCCGUCGAUUGCCAGUCGCCGCACUGCGCGCACUGGUGGAGGCGGGAGGAGGAGGAGCAGGAGUAGGAGUGUAAGGGGCGCGACCAUCGAGCCCGGCAACGCCCUCGGGCUCUGGCCCGGUGCCGUGCCCAAUGCUCCUGCGCCGGAGAGGCAUCGCCCGACCUACACCUUCUUUCCGGAGCCGGAGGGCGAGUACAACACGUACCGCGUCGGACGGACGCCGCCCCCGAGCGGGUUCUGGGGCAGGGCGUACGAGGGGAGCAGCACUACGACGUACCCCAGCUCGGGGAGUACGGUCUAUCCCCCGCCUCAUUGGGGGCAGUACUAG